AUGUCCGCGGCCGAGAUUUGCUGGGAAGAUGACGAGGUUGCGGGGCCGCUCCUGCGCAAACUAUUGGCCGCCGAUGACUACUCUUUACUGGAGACGCGUGCGUUCCUCAAGCCGAUAUUCCGCUGGACGAAGAUCGGGCUGCACAAGGACGGGACGCGCGACCAUGUCGCUAUUGAGCGAGCUUUUGCUUUCGUCGAAUGGCUCGUGCAGCUGGCCAAACGAGGCGACGAGAGUCGGAACCUUCCCCAGUUGCCGAUGCUGCAGCCGAGUUAUGCUCUCAAUACAAUUGUCACUGCCAGUCAACGUGCGGGCAGUGUGAAAGACGCUCAGCGGGCGUUCGACUUGCUGAAGAGGCACGGGUACUCGCCGGAUGUGUUCACGUACACAGCUUUGAUUGACGUGAUUGCAAGGAAUGGCGACUUGGAAGCUGCUACUAAAGUAUACGAGGAGAUGCAGCUGUCAACUUCCAAGCCAAAUAUCGUAACCUACACGACAUUGAUCCGGGCGGUGGGACUGAGUGAUACUGUCAAUACGGAGCAGUGUUUAGUGUUUUUGGCUCAUGCACGGGAGAAUGGCGCUUUUGAUGAGGCUCUGUUUCUAGAAGCGCUGGAAAGUUGUGCCAAAAGGAACGAUCGAGCUGUGGCAACUCGAGUGCUUCACGAGAUUGCAACGCACGCGCUGACACUUCGUGGGAAUGACCGCUUUCUCGUUGCACUGGGCCAACUCGCGGAGCAGGUGGAUUGUGAUAGUGUGACACCUGCGCUCACUGAGUGGGUGGAGAGCGGUGUGCUAAGCAUCGAAGAACGGGACAUGGUUGUAAAGCUACAGCAGGAGGGGUCAUCCGCUGCUUCCGAUGGAUCAAAAAUGCUGGGCUGCCUUGGACACCAAACAUCUCAGUCGGUUAGGAAAGCUGUAGUUCAGCAUGAUAUUGAUCGACUGAUUUCGCGUAUCCAAAGCAGAUCCAUCGUGAAUGUAAACGAUUUUGAGACGCUUAUCCAUCAAUGCAGAAAACGCAAGUGGAAAGAAGACGUACCGGUCAUUGUCGACGCGAUGCACCACCUCGCCACAAUAGGCUGGCAGUCUUCUCGUGGUGAUAAUGGCACUGUCAUCAGUGGACCGAUUUCUCCUCAGGUUCAACUUGAACCAACUUCUAAGACCUAUGUUGCCAUCGUCGAUGCGUACAUGUGCUGUGGUGAUGAGCCCCUUGGAUGGCGGACAAUCCAGGAGAUUGGGAAUCUGCCGAAUGUCAAACGAGAGCUGCCGUUGUAUCGCAAAUUCGUCCGCGGGGCAUAUUUACUGACAAACUGUGAUCACAUCGCCGAGUUGAUUGCUUUGGCACAUGUUGACAAGAUCGUGUUUACCCAACGAAUGGGUGUCGAAGUAGCGCGCAUGUUUGGGUAUCGCCAUGUCGAAGGCUUUCAUAUUCUUGUGCAUGAUCUACCUCUCGGUGAGCCAGGGGUGAAGGCCAAAAGGCAAGGUUUUCUCGAAGAGUUGAUGAAGUCUUGUGCGUACAAGAGAAACCUUGUUGGAGCAGAGGAAACGCUGCACGCUAUGUUGAAACACGGGUUUCAGCGGUCCGCAGCCACCGAAAUUGCACUUUUCAUGUGCUGUAUUCAGCAUGACACGAUUGCAGAAGCCCAAGCAAUGUUGCAGCAUUUUCAAGCAAAUUUGUUGAUGAUGCCGGUGCCGGUGUAUGACUCACUUCUUCGCGAAUUUUACUUCAAGUACACGCGUCGCGGAAACGUGUUCGAUGAAUCGUCGCGCAAAGUCGCAAUGAAAACACUCUAUGCUCGCCGCGCGAUAUUUGAGCACGUUUUUAGAGAUCGCGAAAUUCUUGAGGCUGAAGAAGUCACCGCAGAGGUCAAUGAGUCAGGCAAGGAUUCGGCGUGCUUCAGAUAUUGGUGUUCCAGAGCAAGCUUAUCAUGUUCACCAUUGAUGUUUUCUCAGCAUGCAGUGCAGGUCCUCACUACUAGCCGAGAUAAAGACUCGAAGAAUGCAGCUGAGCAAUCCAUACGGGACGCGCUCAUGACUACCCCUGACCCUUGCCUCUUUCUUCUGCGAUCGGUCGUUGCUCUGCGCUAUUUGGAUUUGACUUUCCGAACACUAGGCAAGCUGGCAAAGCAGUUGCUGGUGGUGGUAACGGAUGAGCUAUCGAUGGAACAACGACAUGCAGAAUUUUGUGUUAGCCAGUUGCCGACGCUGUCAGUCCACAUUGUAAAGGAACUGGAUGACGUUGUGUUUCUGCAUCGGACGCAUCGGGCUAAUUUGUUAGCAUAUUGCCUGCAUGCUAUCGAAACUGAUAGCAUUGACAAGAUCAUGGGGUUUCUCAUGCGUCGGCCUGAGCUGUAUGAUAUGGAAACUGCAUCGUACCUUGGGCCAAAAUUUGCUGAAAUAUACGUCUAUGGCGGCGUUAGCAAUGUGCUGACCUUUUUCAAGUCGGACAUGGAAAACUCGCUGGCAAUGCGUCGGCAAUUUGUGCGAGACGUGAUCGAUCUGGAACGCUCGAUUGCAGAAGAGGAUCGAGGUGACGGUGAAUUGUCUAGCUUCAGGUAUACGUACAAGGCCAUUAUGGAGUUCAAGCUGGAUCGUGAGGCCGAGUUUACGCCAUAUAUGGUGCAGGCGCGUGCAGCAAUGCCAAAGACGGUGUAUGCAGACGCAUCGGCUAUUCCCGCCGACGACACCACGUAUUUGAAGAUCCCACUUGCAAAAGAGCGUAUCGUGGUGGUUGACAGCGACGAGACCUUGUUGUUAGCCACGGAUUUGCUGACACGGAACAGUAUCACUCGCCUAGGGCUUGACGCUGAGUGGCGUUUUGAUACCCGAGCCGUGGUGCCGUCGAAAUGCUCUAUUUUGCAGAUUGCUUGCGACGACUAUGUGUUUAUUUUCGAUCUCAUCGAGAUGCCACUGGGGGACUUGGAAGAGCUUUUCGAGCGCUUAUUUUCCUCGACGAAGAUCAUCAAACUUGGUUUUGCCAUUGACGGCGAUAUUAAGCGCAUGCGUUCGUCAUUCCCCGAAGUGAAAUGUUUCGACACAUUUGCUAAUGUACUGGACUUUUCAUACGAAACGCCCGAGGCGGCCACGUAUCUGGCUGACGGAUCGUCAGGCGGGUGCGAUGGCUCCGCAUUGGGAAAGCCUCAGUACUGCCACCGCAGACAAAAAGGGCUCAGUACUUACAUCAAGCAAGCACUCGGAUACCCACUGUCAAAGCUGCAGCAAAAGAGCGACUGGGAACGUCGUCCGUUGACACCGCAGCAAGUGGCAUAUGCUGCACUGGAUGCAUAUUGUCUACUAAUGCUGCAAGAUGCCGUGGCGAACAAGUAG